AUGGGUGACAGAGUUUAUGUGCCCUCAACUGAGAUGCCGGAGCCAAGAGUGUUGUCGCCUUCAAAGCACUACUAUAACAAUAAUCACACAUAUAAUGGGCCACAAAUUCAGAGCCCAACUUAUUCGUUGACUUCGUGUUUUCCGCCGCAGUCUUCUUCGCCCACUUAUUUUUAUGGCACAAACGGAUACAACAGUCCUUCCCAGUCGUCGCCGGCUUCUUAUGUUAUUCACCCGCAAAUACAAAUGAGUGCCAACAGUGGUUACGCUCAGUCUAGUCAACCAAAUCAUAGCGCCUACACCUCAAACAUAAUGCCAGAACACGUCCACAACUCACCUCAUAUGCCCACCGCAUCCAUGAGUGUCAACCUAUCCAUGAAUAUGACAAUGGGUUUCACUAAUAAUGAUCCCCAGCAACAGAUUCAAUGGUCAGCGCCUGUACCCGCAUAUCAGGCUAAUUAUCCAAAUCAAUCUAUAGGAACCCCAUUAUCUCAUCAUCACUUGCACUCGUCAUCCUAUAUCCCUCCUUCUCCUACUUCUUAUACAUUUACCGCAGAAUUUAGACCUUCAGAACACAUGAACACAAGUCUACCGCCCAUUGAGAAAGAGUUUGGAAAUAUUUGUAGUAUUAAACCAUCGAUAGCACAAUCAGACCAUACAAUUCAAAAGAAUCCAAUAGACGGCUAUCAAUGCCGUCUUCACCAUCGAUUCAGAGUCAAUAAAACGCAAAGAUAUGGCGAACAACAGGUCUCCUCAACACCUAAUCACGAAUCUAGUGAUAAAAAUGUGGGUAAUAUGUGUUCAAAUAAUUUGUGCCGUAUUUGCGGUAAGACAUACGCCCGGCCCUCAACUUUAAAGACACAUUUACGAACUCAUUCUGGAGAAAAGCCAUACAGAUGCAAUACAUGCAGCAAAUCAUUCUCUCAGGCGGCGAACCUGACGGCACACAUCCGCACCCAUAGCGGCGAAAAGCCAUUCCGAUGUCCCGUCUGUGAGAGAAGGUUCUCGCAGUCGUCAUUUCCAAAUCAAUCUAUAGGAACCCCAUUAUCUCAUCAUCACUUGCACUCGUCAUCCUAUAUCCCUCCUUCUCCUACUUCUUAUACAUUUACCGCAGAAUUUAGACCUUCAGAACACAUGAACACAAGUUUACCGCCCAUUGAGAAAGAGUUUGGAAAUAUUUGUAGUAUUAAACCAUCGAUAGCACAAUCAGACCAUACAAUUCAAAAGAAUCCAAUAGACGGCUAUCAGUGCCGUCUUCACCAUCGAUUCAGAGUCAAUAAAACGCAAAGAUAUGGCGAACAACAGGUCUCCUCAACACCUAAUCACGAAUCAAGUGAUAAAAAUGUGGGUAAUAUGUGUUCAAAUAAUCUGUGCCGUAUUUGCGGUAAAACAUACGCCCGGCCCUCAACUUUAAAGACACAUUUACGAACUCAUUCUGGAGAAAAGCCAUACAGAUGCAAUACAUGCAGCAAAUCAUUCUCUCAGGCGGCGAACCUGACGGCACACAUCCGCACCCAUAGCGGCGAAAAGCCAUUCCGAUGUCCCGUCUGUGAGAGAAGGUUCUCGCAGUCGUCAUCCGUAACGACACACAUGCGAACUCAUUCAGGAGAGAGACCCUACCGGUGCUGUAUGUGUAAGAAAGCAUUUUCCGACUCCUCAACGCUUACCAAACACUUGCGGAUCCAUUCGGGAGAGAAGCCAUACCAGUGUCAGCUCUGUUUACUUCGCUUCUCCCAAUCGGGAAACCUUAACAGACAUAUGAGAAUUCAUACAUAA